GCGGCUUCAUAGAAAGCAUCUAAUGCCGCCCUAGGAGUCGACUAGUGCCCUCGCGCACCUCACAACCGAAGCUGAGACCAAUGAUGGCCGUCUAAUUCGCACCAGUCUUAUCAAGCGAAGCUAUCCAACAGCGCCAAAAUGCCGGCGAGACUCCGGUGAUAUCAGCGUGAUGCCAGCAGGGUCUCCGAAAUCCAGUCGAGGCACAGCAGUUGAACCAGUACAGAAGCGGUUGCGGCUUGACAUGAUGGAACGGUCACCUGCGAUGCAGAAUCAGAACAUUUAUUAUAGACAAAACCUCGAGCCAGAGAACGGAGGCGAAGGUCGAGAUACAGCACUGUUUCGUAGACAGGUUUCAAAGUAACUACCACCAUGGCUCUGCUCUACUUGGCCGAUGUGCCCUACCGGGAGCUGUGUGACCGAGUUUCAAUCGCGGCUAUCUCAAUAUUUGCGGUCUCGAUCUUGGUCCAGAUCGUGUCCGUCUUCCUUGCGUCGGCUACCUACCGCAACUUUUGUCGCGAACACACAGGGUUCUACAAGGCGUCUCCCGGGCUCAGGCAGCGCAUAAUAUACAUGCGCUUACCGGUGCCAUGGCCCAGCGAGACCACCUACUAUCUCUUGGACCACACGAACAUGCGGAAACUCUUUGCCCGCUCUCCGCAGCUUGACGCUUUCGGGCUCGCUCGCCGUCUCCAUUACGCCGUCUGGGGUGUGCCGCCCCUCAAGUACAAGGAGAUAUUCCGUGAGGGGGCCAAGCAGAUACACCGCGAGCUCUCCUCGAAGAAGCUCGGCCCCGUUUCUAAGAGCUUUGAGAGGGUUAUCCUCCGAGAGAUCGAGACGUUACGCAACGAUCUUGGCUCGCAGGGUCGGCUGGUGCCCCUUCACUCAACUUUCUACCGCUUCGCCUACGGCGGCAACAUGGAGGCCAUCUUCGGACCUGAUCUCCCAGUUGAGGAGACGCGCAUCGCUGUGCAGUACUUCGCCCUCAGCAUCGGUGCUCUAAAUACGACUCCAUCGCUGCCCCUGUUCCCCACGAGCUGGCGGAACAGGAUCGUCCCUACCACGCGGCGGGGGUUAGCGAAGCGUGAAUUCCUACACGAUGCGCUUACCAAGUGGCGCAGGGACGGUGGUCUCGAGACAUGCUCCGACGCUUGGCGUAGCAUCAUGCAGGUCGUCCUGGACAAAAACGUUGACAGUGUGUCCGCAGAUGCCUGGGCCAAUAUGGUGCUGUUUGGCUUCCAGGGCAACACGCCCGAGCAGCCGGGAUGGUUCUGGCUAUACAUCCUACAGUCUCCCAAGUUGUGGGAAGCCAUCAAGGCUGAGGUAGACAGACUGCCUCCAGGCUCGCUCCUUGGAACCGAGUUCCGCAAGGUCACACCCUUGAUGCAUUCGGCCAUUCAUGAGACUCUACGCCUGGCCACCGCCAUCUUUGCCGGCAGGGAGGCCACCAAUGCCGCAACGAUACCAGGCUGCGACAAGACCUUUCCGAAGGGUUCUCUCAUCCGCAUCAUGAGCCGUGCGUCGACCUUCGAUGCCAAGAUUUGGGGCGACAACCCCGAGAGCUUCAAAGGAGAUCGCUUCAUGAACAACGAGGCGCUUUAUUUGGAGGAGUUGGUGUUUGGUGGUGGCGUAUCCGCCUGCCCAGGUCGCUUCUUCGCCCAGUCCGAACUAGAACUUCUCGCAGCUCAUCUCAUCCGGAACUUUGACUUUGAUGUAAAAAGUCUCGCCAUACAUCAGAAACUGCCUCCGGAGUCCAAGUACCUCGAGCUGGGUUCUCCUCUGCAGAACGUCGAGGACACCUGCGAAAUCAUCGAUCUCGACGGUACAAGGCUCGUGGGCAAGUAUCCAGGCCUCUUGGAUGCCGAAAACUGUGAGUUACAACAGCUCUGCCCUCGAACUAGUGUACGAUUAACUAUUUCCAGGCAUGGAGAGCAUAAGUGGGUCGUUAUUCCCUCGGAAUGAGACCACAUGCUGCUUACGGGCCCGCGAGUUGCAAGUAGAAUCCUGAGAGAAUCAUUUGACGAAUAACGAGGACGAGGACUCUACAUGCAGGAUCAAAAGACUCCAUUGCAUUCGGUUUAUCGCAUAGUAGUACUGAGGAACGAAUCUGAAGAUGAAAGUUCAUCACAUAGGAGCGUUGCCCAUCCUGCAAUCAUAUAAUUCUAUUGGGCUUUACAUUCUAUUGGCC